CUGUGAAAUUUACCAAACUGUCAGUCACCAUCAAUGGCGCAAUGCUCUGUCUUAUACUCCUACAACUACAAUACUUGUCAGCUUCUAAGCAAUCCUCGAAUCGGAACGUGGAAGCGUUGAUUAGAUUGCUUUACUGCUGAUGAUUAAAACCCUAACCGAACCUACCGCCAGAUUUCGGAAUUCAUAACUUAUUCUCCGUUGUAAAUAUUGAGAGAGAGAGAGAGGGAGAGAGCAGUCCGCAACUGUAGUGCACUGAAAACCUAGUGGUCUGCGACGUUUGAGUGGAUUUGUUAGGAAAAUGGCGUGCCGUGCUAGAAUCGAAUUCUUUCUUCAGCUCGAUCUGAGAUUGGUUGGAGUGAUCGCGUGAAGAAUGUUUGGAGAAUCCGAUUGCGGGGAUUAUAAAGUUUUGAAUCAUCGGUUUUGUGGUUUAUGUUGAUCGAAUUUUAGAUGAGUGUUUGAGGUUUGAGAAGUGGCAGUAAGUGACGAUUGGUGGUGGGCAGAAUGAGCAGCAGCGAGGGGAAAGGUGUGAGUGUUCGCGACCUAGUCGAGGAAGCUAAGAAGCGGAUUGUUUUUGUGAUCGUAAGUGUUGUUGGAUUGUCAUACCUCAUGUCAUUAACAAGUUCCUCGGUUCUAGUCAACUUGCCUGCUGCUCUCUUGUUAAUAAUCACACUUCGCUAUUUGACGUUUGAUAUUGAUAUACGGAGGAAAUCUGCAACUUACAAUAGCAAACAAACAUCAGCAAACAUUUCUUCUGAUAAAAAUGUGCUUAAGGUUAAGGGCCUCAGAGUUGAGACAGAAAGGUCUGACUGGAAGCAUAAUGUGAACUCUCCUGUUGUUGAAGAUGCAAUUGAUCAAUUCACUAGACAUAUUGUCUCUGAGUGGGUGACGGAUCUGUGGUACUCACGCAUAACGCCAGAUAGACAGGGUCCAGAAGAGAUCGUAUUGAUCAUGAAUGGCGUACUUGGAGUAAUUUCAAAUCGCAUGAAAAAUAUUAAUUUAAUAGAUCUUUUAACAGGGGAUAUUAUCAAAAUUGUAUGUCGUAGGCUGGAGCUAUUUCGUUCAACAAAGACAAAGAUUGAGAGACAUCAAUCAAAAUCUUUGACCGUUGAAGAGCGAGAUAUAGAACUGAAGUCUCUCCUGGCUGCUGAGAACAAACUGCAUCCCAUUUUAUUUUCUGCUGAAGCUGAGCAUAAGGUUCUCCAGCAUGUUGUGGAUGGCCUUAUUGUAGUUACAUUUAGGGCAGAUGAUCUGAGAUGCUCUUUGUUCCGCUAUAUUAUCAGAGAAUUACUUGCUUGUGUUGUAAUAAGACCAGUUCUGAAUCUUGCUAACCCCAGGUUUAUUAAUGAGAGAAUAGAGUCUUUUGUUAUUUCUAGAAAAGUUGAAAAAGGAAGUGUGGUGACAAACACAACAUCAGAGUCUAGAACAAAUGCACCAUCUGAUCAUAGCACACAAAUAGCAGAUCCUUCUGUCAAGGGUGUUGAACUGGUACAAUUGAAGAAGGGUGAAAAGAAGAAAGAGGUCAAUAGUCAUAAAUCAGAUGCCGUGAAUCGAGAACUCCUUUCUAAGGAUCCAUUGCUUGCCAUGGAUACACAGUCAACUCGCUCUUGGAAUUCUUUUCCAGACACCCAUAAUGGUGAGGAGAGAGGUCUUCAAAGAGAACUCUCAGGGGGAGAAUGGGCUAAUGCCCUAGAUGUGUUUUCUCGAAGAAAAACUGAGGCACUGGCUCCAGAACAUUUUGAAAAUAUGUGGACAAUGGGAAGAGGCUACAGAAGGAAGGAAGAUGCAGAUACAUUGCCUGAUCCUUCACAGAGAAACUCUGUAGUGGGGGUAUCCAAUUCAGUGAUGCAGAAAAAUGGUCUUCCCGCGCAGAAGAAUAAGGAGAAGAGCAUAACAGUGAAUGGGAAAGAUAUGUUGGACUCUGGAUUUAACAGAAAGCCGGAGGAAGACAAUGCUGUAUCCUUACGUGAAGAGGAAGAUCUUGAAAGUUUGCCUUCUGAUGAGGAUGAAUCCUGGAGCAGUAGUUAUACUGAGGAGGAUGAUAUGAUCAAUGCUACGGGUCUUGACUCCCCAGGGGUUAAAGUUUGGGAUGGUAAAAAUAAAAGAAAUUUCAGCCACAUUCAUCAUCCUCUCGAAACUUCUGACAGGCAUAGGAGCACAAAAACUAAGAACAGUCAACUUCGUUCUGCAAUAAAGAGAACAAAGUCUGCAAAGAAAAGAUCUCGAUCUAGUACUCAUAAUGGUCAAGUCUGGCAAGAGGUAGAACGAACGAGUUAUUUAUUAGGAGAAGGGCAGGAUGUGUUGAGCCACGCCAAAGUGACUGGCAAGCCUGGAGACUCGAGUGAGGACUCGGAGACAGAGCUAUUGGGUAGAACUAAUAGUGGAGCUACAACUUCAUCAUCUAUGUCCUAUGCUUCUUUACCUGAAAGUCAAAGUCUGGCUGCUAAUUCAGCAAAAACUUCACUAAUUGCUGAUUCAUAUUUUAAAUUAAGAUGUGAGGUAUGGGGUGCCAAUAUUGUAAAGAGCGGAUCCAAAACCUUUGCUGUUUAUUGCAUUUCCGUUACAGAUAUGAACAGUCACAGUUGGUCUAUCAAAAGAAGGUAUCAACACUUUGUGGAGUUACAUAGGCGUUUGAAAGAGUUCUCUGAAUAUAAUCUCCAUUUGCCACCAAAGCAUUUCCUCUCAACUGGCUUAGAUGUGUUUGUCAUCCAAGAACGAUGCAAAUUGCUUGACCAGUAUCUAAAGAAACUUCUGCAGUUUCCAACUAUUUCCUGCUCAAUCGAAGUUUGGGAUUUUCUUAGUGUUGAUUCCCAGAUGUAUAUAUUUUCAGACUCGUUGUCCAUAAUUGAUACUCUUUCAGUUAACAUAGAUGAAAUAGCACGUCCAAAGAUCAAGGACUACAGGGAUAAUGUAGGGCCUGUAUAUGACCAGUUAUCCAAAAAUGAAAUUUUCAGUCAUGGAAACCAAGAUUCUGCUUCUCGAAUCAAGGGUGAUCAUCCUACUGAUGGAUCAGGGUUGAAAGGAAAAGGUCAACUUCCAUCUUCAUCAAAAAAGCCUGAAUAUGGCUCAAAAAACUCAGAGCAAAAGAACGUAAAGCGGUCGAGUAAUUUAGAAAAGACUGUGGAUAGAGACCAUGAAAAAUCACAUUCUCUUGCUGCUGAAGAUUCCUCUGAUCCAAUGCUUCCCAGUGAGUGGGUGCCGCCAAAUCUUAAUGUUCAUGUGUUCGAUUUGGUUGAUGUCAUUUUACAACUUAAAGAUGGUGGAUGGAUCAGGAGAAAAGCUUUCUGGGUAGCGAAACAGGUUCUACAAUUGGGAAUGGGUGAUGCUUUUGAUGAUUGGUUGAUUGAGAAAAUACAGCGUUUACGUAGGGGAACAGUGGUUGCUUCUGGAAUUAGGCGGUUGGAGAAGAUACUAUGGCCUGAUGGAAUAUUCAUAACUAAGCACCCUCGGAGACAGCGACCUCCUCCUGAUACUACAUCCUCUGUGGAUCAAUCUUCCGCUCCAAAUUCUUCACCUAAAAAGGGAGAUACACCGACUCUGGAGGAAAUACAACAACAGGAAGCUGAACGGCGAGCCAAAUUUGUCUAUGAAUUGAUGAUUGACAAGGCUCCAUCAGCUAUAGUAGGCCUCGUUGGACGUAAGGAAUAUGAGCAAUGCGCAAAAGAUCUCUACUAUUUCAUUCAGUCAUCCGUUUUCAUGAAGCAGCUAGCUUUCGAUCUUCUCGAGCUGCUGCUUUUAUCUUCAUUUCCGGAACUUGAUCAUGUUUUCAGAGAAUUGGAUCAGGACAAAGAGAAGUUUGGCAAUCCCACAUAGAGAUAGGAUAGUUUGAGGGAUAAAAAAUGUGCUAUAAAGAAAAGAGUGUUUUUUUGGUUGAGAGGUAUCAGAUCUGUCGAGUGUGUACAGAGAGAACUUUAGUUUCAAAGACCAUUGAAAGAAAAAAAAACAAAUACCAGUACAUUUUUGCAAUCAUUUUGUGUAUUCCUAAUAGUAGUGUUCAAUGUUGAUAGUUGGCUCAGUAAUAUUUCAAUUUCUAUUA